CAAUUCCAACCAAUCAUUGCUGUUGAUAAGCAUAGUUGAGCUAGGCAAAUUAGGCAAUUGAAAAUUAACAUACACUCGUAUUGUUUCUGAACAGCCUCUGUGCUCAGUUUACGGUUUUGUGAUAUUUUAUAAUGUCUUCAUUGUGUUGUGGUAAUUUAUACGAGACUGCUCAGUCUGCGUUGGCCAAAAACGAUUUAAAAUGCCUUAAUGAGCUUUAUUCUCGUUUAUUGGUCGACGUUCGACCUAUGUUUACUAACGAGCAGCUGUUAGAUAGAAUUUAUGACCCCGACCAUACUCUGUGUCGAAAUUUUGGAGCUGAAAUAUAUGUGCCAAAGCACGCUCAUGACGGAAAGACUUGUACUGCAAUAAGAUCUGAAGCUUCUGGCAAUUGCCUCUACAGUUCAGCUUCCCUAGUUCUGGUAGGUAACAAUGCAUUGGUCCCUACUUUGCGAAUUUUAACAUCGCUUGAGCUAUUUAUUCAUGCUGCUUUUUAUGCUCAACACCCAUGCUUUUUGUCUGUUAUAAGUGAGCACAGUGAUUACUUUGCCCAAAGCUUAAACAAUCUUUUGCCUUUGUCAGUGUCUAAAGAAUGUUUAGACACUGGAUAUACAACAGAUGAACUGGUAAAACAGGAGGCUAUUUUAAAUUGUAAUGACCAGAAAUGGUCAUCUUUUCUUUGUAUUUUGGGCCUAUCUUCUGUUUUAGGUAGAAAAAUUCAUACUUUUUAUCCUGAUUCUGGUGAAAGUAGAUAUAAAUUGUUAUUUAAUCGUAUUGUUCAGCCCCGGUUAUUAAGCCAAAGAGGUUUGGAUGCUAUUAAUAUUUUGUUUUGUCAUGAAGGAUCUGUACAACCAGGGAGAAAGUUAAGGGUAUGGAUAAUUCUGAAAUAUGUCAUUUGAUAAAAAA